UCAUCCUGUGUAGGUUAUGGUGAACAGACAGACGCGUGCGCUUGUCAGUUUUGUCAGGGUCCGCUGGUUGUCUGUCUGGGUAGGGGGGCAGCUCUUACUCAAUAAACCUCUACCAUAAGAACCUUUUUAAUUUUGUCUUCUACCCUAGACUUUAUAUCAUUACAUUUAAACCAUAGCAAUUUCAUGGUAGUCUUUUGCUUUAGAUUGAUUUUGUAAUUCAUAAUGAAUUAAAAAAAAUAUAUAUAUUUUUCUAAAAAGGAAGUCAAGAUCUACGUUUACUAAGUUGAAAUAGCAAUCGACUGAUGUCAAACUACCAGCUGCUCAGUAGCAGGCAGCCUGUCCCCCCCCCCCCCCUGGAACUAAUCGUAGCCUCCACGGCCCCUGAUGUAAACGUGUAACUACAUAUAGAUGCUCUCCCUACCCUGGGUUACAUAAAGUAUCUACAAAUCUAUCUCACAAGAAGAUUCCUAGAUUUGGGAACAAUUUAGAUUUUAAUUUUAUUAAUCAAUACUUCACAAUCUAGAGAGUAUUUUACAUUUUUUCAUUUAUUUAAGGUUUGAGCCCCAGGAGGAUUUUUCUUUUGAAUGACAUAAAAACAAAUCACAGGUGGUAUGCUUAUGUGUGUGAGUUCCAACCCUUUUCCAAAGUGUUACUAAUGGUAAAGAGACAUUUUCUAGGCUUCUUUUCUGCCGGUUGAAGUCUGACUGCAGAAGGACCCUUGGCACUGAAAGUGGGGUAAAACGCCGGACCCAAAGCUGCAGUCCAGGUCGUACAUGGAUGUCAUGAAGGAGCAGCACCUGACCAAAGAGGAGAAAGAGAUCCGUCAGCAGAUGGCAGAAAAGGCCAAGACGGGAGACCUGAAGGCUGUCAACGGCUCUGCUGCCUCCCAGGCUGCUGCCGCCGCCGCUGCCGCCAAGCGCAAACGCCGCUGGGACCAGACGGCCGAGAAACAGGACCAAUCAGGAACCCCCAGCAACGCCGGCACACCCAAGAAGAUGUCUAGCUGGGACCAGGCUGACCAGGCUGCUGAGCAGACCCCAGGACACACCCCUGGCCACACCCCCUCCAACAGCCGCUGGGACGAGACCCCUGGCAGGAAUAAGGGCAGCGAGACCCCAGGGGCCACUCCCAGCUCCCGGAUGUGGGACCCAACCCCCAGCCACACCCCGGCCGGAGCAGCCACCCCAGGCAGAGGGGACACACCGGGACACACCACCCCCGGACAUGGGGGAGCCACAGGCAGCGUGCGCAAAAACCGUUGGGACGAGACCCCCAAGACUGAGAGGGAGACCCCUGGUCAUGGUAGUGGUUGGGCCGAGACUCCCCGUACAGACAGAGGAGACGAGUCGGUGGGAGAGACCCCCACCCCCGGGGCCAGUAAGAGGAAGUCCCGUUGGGACGAGACCCCUGCCAGCCAGAUGGGCUCUUCCACUCCACUGAUGACCCCUGGGAAGACUCCCAUUGGAACCCCUGCCAUGAAUAUGGCCACUCCCUCUCCAGGUCACCUGAUGAGCAUGACCCCAGAGCAGCUGCAGGCGUGGCGUUGGGAGAGGGAGAUCGAUGAGAGAAACCGACCACUCACAGACGAUGAGCUGGACGCCAUGUUCCCAGAGGGAUACAAGGUCCUUCCCCCACCAGCAGGCUAUGUGCCCAUCCGUACCCCGGCCCGGAAGCUGUCUGCCACCCCCACCCCCAUGGGGGGCAUGACAGGCUUCCACAUGCAACAGGAGGACCGCUCCAUGAAGCAGAUCAACGACCAGCCCAGUGGGAACCUGCCCUUCCUAAAACCAGACGACAUCCAGUACUUUGAUAAACUGCUGGUUGAGGUAGAUGAGUCCACUCUGAGCCCAGAGGAACAGAAGGAGCGUAAGAUCAUGAAACUGCUGCUGAAGAUCAAGAACGGAACACCUCCCAUGAGAAAGGCUGCCCUGCGUCAGAUCACAGACAAGGCGAGGGAGUUUGGAGCAGGGCCCCUGUUCAACCAGAUCCUGCCCCUGCUCAUGUCUCCUACUCUGGAGGACCAGGAGCGCCACCUACUGGUCAAGGUCAUCGACCGCAUCCUCUACAAGCUGGACGAUCUCGUCCGCCCAUACGUACACAAGAUCCUGGUGGUGAUUGAGCCCCUGCUGAUUGAUGAAGAUUACUACGCCAGAGUGGAGGGCAGAGAGAUCAUCUCUAACUUGGCCAAGGCUGCCGGCCUGGCCACUAUGAUCUCCACCAUGAGGCCUGAUAUUGACAACAUGGACGAGUAUGUCAGAAAUACAACAGCCAGAGCUUUCGCUGUCGUAGCGUCCGCUCUGGGUAUCCCGUCCCUGCUGCCCUUCCUCAAGGCUGUGUGUAAGAGCAAGAAGUCAUGGCAGGCCCGCCACACGGGCAUCAAGAUUGUCCAGCAGAUCGCCAUCCUCAUGGGCUGUGCCAUCCUGCCCCAUCUGAGGAGUCUGGUGGAGAUCAUCGAGCAUGGUCUGGUGGAUGAGCAGCAGAAGGUGCGGACCAUCAGUGCCCUGGCCAUUGCUGCCCUGGCGGAGGCUGCCACUCCCUACGGUAUCGAGUCCUUUGACUCCGUACUCAAACCCCUGUGGAAGGGUAUCAGACAGCACAGAGGAAAGGGUCUGGCUGCGUUCCUGAAGGCCAUUGGCUACCUGAUCCCUCUGAUGGAUGCUGAGUAUGCUAACUACUACACCAGAGAGGUCAUGCUGAUCCUCAUCAGAGAGUUCCAGUCCCCUGACGAGGAGAUGAAGAAGAUCGUGCUCAAGGUGGUGAAACAGUGCUGUGGUACUGACGGUGUGGAAGCCAACUACAUCAAGACAGAGAUCCUGCCCCCCUUCUUCAAGCACUUCUGGCAGCACAGGAUGGCCCUGGACAGACGCAACUACAGACAGCUGGUGGACACCACAGUAGAACUGGCCAACAAGGUGGGAGCAGCAGAGAUCAUCUCUCGUAUAGUAGAUGACCUGAAGGACGAGGCAGAGCAGUACAGGAAGAUGGUGAUGGAGACCAUAGAGAAGAUCAUGGGGAACCUGGGAGCUGCUGACAUCGACCACAAGCUGGAGGAGCAGCUGAUCGACGGCAUCCUGUACGCCUUCCAGGAACAGACCACCGAGGACUCUGUAAUGCUGAACGGGUUUGGCACGGUGGUGAAUGCCCUGGGGAAGAGGGUGAAGCCCUACCUGCCUCAGAUCUGUGGUACGGUACUGUGGCGCCUCAACAACAAGUCUGCCAAGGUCCGCCAGCAGGCUGCUGACCUCAUCUCCCGCACCGCCGUGGUCAUGAAGACCUGCCAGGAGGAGAAGCUGAUGGGUCAUCUGGGAGUGGUGUUAUAUGAGUACCUAGGAGAGGAGUAUCCUGAAGUACUGGGAAGCAUCCUCGGUGCUCUCAAGGCCAUCGUCAACGUCAUCGGCAUGCAUAAGAUGACUCCACCAAUCAAAGACCUGCUGCCACGCCUGACGCCAAUCUUGAAGAACAGACAUGAGAAGGUGCAGGAGAACUGUAUUGACCUGGUGGGCAGGAUUGCUGACAGGGGUGCCGAGUACGUGUCGGCCAGGGAAUGGAUGCGGAUCUGUUUUGAGCUGCUGGAGCUCCUGAAGGCCCACAAGAAGGCCAUCCGCAGAGCCACUGUCAACACCUUUGGAUACAUCGCCAAGGCUAUCGGACCCCAUGACGUGCUGGCCACACUACUAAACAACCUGAAGGUUCAGGAGCGUCAGAACAGAGUGUGUACCACCGUGGCCAUCGCCAUCGUGGCUGAGACCUGUUCUCCCUUCACCGUGCUCCCCGCGCUCAUGAAUGAGUACCGCGUGCCAGAGCUCAACGUGCAGAACGGCGUGCUCAAGUCCCUCUCCUUCCUGUUUGAGUACAUUGGGGAGAUGGGCAAGGACUACAUUUACGCUGUCACGCCCCUGCUGGAGGAUGCACUGAUGGACAGAGACUUGGUCCACAGACAGACAGCCAGUGCCGUGGUGCAGCACAUGUCCCUGGGCGUCUACGGCUUCGGCUGUGAAGACUCUCUCAACCACCUGCUCAACUAUGUGUGGCCCAACGUGUUUGAGACGUCGCCCCACGUCAUCCAGGCUGUGAUGGGGGCCUUGGAAGGCCUCAGGGUGGCCAUCGGCCCCUGCCGCAUGCUGCAGUAUUGCCUACAGGGUCUGUUCCAUCCAGCCAGGAAGGUGCGAGACGUCUACUGGAAGAUCUACAACUCUAUCUACAUCGGCUCCCAGGAUGCUCUCAUUGCUCAUUACCCACACGUCUACAACGAUGAGAAGAACCCUUACCUCCGCUAUGAGCUGGAGUACUUCCUGUGAUUCUGCUCUGCUCUCUCACUCUCUGACGAUUUCUCUCCCUCUUCUCUUUCUCUCUGUUCACUCUUUGUCCUAUCUCUCUUGGUGUAUAGGACUUGGUCCAUUUUUUUAUAUUAUUUAUCUCCUCUGUCUUUGUAGUGGUUGUAUCCAACACAGCCACAGUGGCUGUGGCCUGAGAUUCAUUUUUAAUACAAUAAAAACUGUGUAUGAUAGGGAAAUAGUGUAUAAAACGGAACAACUUCUUAGAGCUUGUAUGUUUUGUUUUAUUUCUCCUUUUAUAAUCAUUUCCAUAAGGAAUGACAGACAGUGAAGUGCAGGCUCUAAGUUAGCCUUGUUAUGGAAUGGAAAAGCAACUCAGUGAGUGAAACUCUUUAAAAUAUUGUCAUGGUUUCUUUUUACCGGCCUUGACCGUUCCUUCUCAAUGCUUUGCUCGCCUAUCAGUGAUCACCCCCCUCUUCUUAUCAGAAUGUUGCUUUAUUUGACUGAAUAAACGUUUGUGUAUAAAAUAAAACCUCUGCUUUA